AUGAAUAAUAAAUCUAAAAUAUCAUUAUAUCUUUUUGUUUUAUUUAUUUUUUUGAUAUUAAAUGUAUAUGGUGAGACAUAUGAUGUCGAAUAUACUGAAGAUUAUAAAUAUGUUGAAAAUAUAGACGAGAUGGAAGGGUUGGAUGAAAUUGAAUAUACAGAGUAUAUCGAUGAGAUUGAAGAGCUACAUAGUCAACCACCUACAAAGAAACCAAAGGAACCUCCAUCACCCUGCAAUCCUAAAUGUGAUAAAAAACAUGUUUGUAAAGAUUAUGUUUGUCAAUUGAAAUGUCAAUUUGUACUAUGUAAACCAAAUUAUUUCUGUGCCUACGAUACAGUUGGAUUUGGAUAUUGUUUACCAAACUCAAAGAAAUCAUAA